AUGGCAUCUGGACGAAGCGGAGGCCACCUCGGUGAGCUCGGCAGACUCCCAAACGAGCUGCUCUGGCAAAUACUCGACCAUAUGAUCCUAGACGAUUCCAAAAUCACCCAUGAAGGUAUCUGCGGACUCUGGUCUCUUAUGAGGACCAACCAGGCCAACACUGAACUUAUCAAAGAGGGUUAUUUGAUCGGCACUCGGUUGGAGCGCCUAAAGGCCGAAAUCGGCUCUGUGACGCUAUAUAUCGAUAUCGACACCGCUACGGACGCCAUUGGCCAUGCGCCACCUGACAUGGUCGGGGGCACUCCUGGUGAGGAGCGCGAUCUACUUACGAGCAUCAUCAAGGCAGAUUGUGUAGAGUGCUACCACGGCAUUCGCGCUCUCGUUCCGGAGUUUUCUUUGAUGUGCCACAACGAGAAAGGUUGGUCACUCUUUGCCGUGGCUGUUGAAGCCAACGCAAGGAAGAUCAUUCACCGGUUUAUGACUUCUGACCCCCCGGCUGAUAUCGCGCGGUUUCUCUUUAAUAGGCCUCAUCCUGGGUCCGCGUGGAACAUGUCUAAUCUCGGGUUCACUAUCCUUUAUCAAGAUGCCUACACGUUUGUUGCUCUUUUUCGAUACCUGCAGGCUACUGUGCCUCUGAUUACACUCAAGCAGAUUUUCGAGUCAAAACUGACUGAUAGAAUACGACGGGACCUGAUUCAACUCAUGGAUCCUGAUCUUGAGCGGAUGUUCGAACAAGGUAGUAUUGUCAUCCGCCGCUGGGGUCUGAUUUACUACUAG